GCUGAUGCCGCGUGCGGUUGAACCCUAAAUAUAACACCGAACAGAAUCCGACCGUGGAUCUCCGGAUGGAAUGAGGUGUCACGGCCGGCUGCGGUGCGGCUCGGCACGGGAGGGUGGGGGGCGUCGAGGACAAAGAGCGCGCCGUCUUAACGGUGACAUUUACGGAUACGGUCACCGGAUCGCAGCGGGGCCCGCACCAGCUCAGAUUAGUGGAAGAUGAGUAGCAACGAGUGCUUUGGUUGUGGCCGUUCUGGUCACUGGAUCAAGAACUGCCCCAACGCAGGACGUGGACGUGGGAAGGGCCGCGGGAGAGGGAAAGACCUCUUCUGCUAUCGCUGUGGAGAACCAGGCCAUGUCGCCAGGGACUGUGAGCGGACUGAGGAUGCAUGCUACAACUGCGGACGGGGCGGCCACAUCUCCCGUGACUGCAAGGAGCCCAAGAAGGAGCGUGAGCAGUGCUGCUACAACUGCGGCAAGGCGGGUCACAUGGCGCGCGACUGCGAUCACGCCAACGAGCAGAAGUGCUACUCCUGCGGCGGGUUCGGCCACAUCCAGAAAGGCUGCGAAAAAGUCAAGUGCUAUAGGUGCGGCGAGAUCGGCCAUGUCGCCGUACAGUGCAGCAAGGCGAGCGAAGUGAACUGCUACAACUGCGGCAAGUCUGGUCACUUGGCAAAGGAAUGCACCAUCGAGGCCACAGCUUAAGGCGUUUCCCGCGUCGCCCCUCCUUUUUCUGAUUGAUGGUUGUAUUAUUUCUCUGAAUCCUCUUCACUGGCCAACGGUUGGCUGAUAGAGGCUAGUCCCUGGCCAGUGAGCUCUUGACAUGUAAAAGGAGGAAAGGGGUGGAG